AUGAAUUUUGAAAAUACUGCUUUUGGAAAAAUUACAUUACCUUCUGGUUUAUCUUUAAAAAAGCAACCUUUUAAUGUUUUAAAUUUAGCAUUUUAUUUACAUAACGAAUAUAAUAUGAGUGAUAAAGAUACACUAUAUAAUAUAAAUGCAAUUAAGUUUGGUAAGCAUAUUUAUAAUCCAAUUUAUGAUUUUUUAAUUUCUUAUGAUACAACACCUCGAAUUUAUCAAAUAGAUAGUAUUAAAUUACUUCUAGCUGGUAAUCAUGCUCAUGAAAUGCCAAAUCAAGUGAUGAUAUUGAUUAAUAAAUUAGAAAAUGCUACUUUAGAUAUUUUUAGCAUUUUUAAUAAGGAAUUAAAUGAAGCAAAAAAUAAUUUAUCACCAGAAAAUUUUGAAAAUUUAUAUCAAAAUUUAUUUAAAGGCAUGCAAAAAGCUUUAGAAGAAUUUUCAAAGUGA